GUGCGCACGUGAUACUCACACCGAAAAAAGCCCUCGUGUCCAUGUAACUCACCAUUGAUUGAGAAAUUUCGUAUCGGUAAGGAGUCGUGGAUCCGCGAGUGAUUUCAAGUUUUCUGUGAAAAACCUAUCGCACAAAUGUCGUGGCUCUUGGGUUCUCGUUAUCAGCAACAGUCUCAGGAUUUUUCCCAGUAUGCACAACCACCGGCAUCAGGCCCUGGAGAUGGUGCCGGGGAUCCUGGAGAUCGUGGACCUUCGAAAAACGUUGGAAAACCUCAAAUGGAUGCGUACAGAUUCGACUCGAGUGCUCUGGAACGAGCUGCUGCAGCUGCCAAGGAGCUCGAAAAAUCUCCUCACGCUCGAGAGGCUCUCGAGCUGACAAAGCUCCAGGAAUCAACAAAACAAGCAGAAAUAAUGAGUAGAGCAAAAGAAUACGAAGCGAGUAUCGAGCAAUUGAAAAUUGAGCAGAAAAGAGUAGAAGGUGAUGAGCGAAGAAAAACCGUCUCUGAGGAGACGAAGCAGCACCAAAUGCGAGCCCAGUACCAGGACUCACUGGCCCGUAAAAGAUACGAUGAGCAGUUAGUCCAACAGCAGAGGAUGAACGACGAGAAUUUACGGAGGCAAGAGGAAUCUGUCGCCAAACAAGAGGCCAUGAGGAAAGCGACAAUCGAGCACGAGAUGGAACUUCGUCACAAGAACGAAAUGAGAAAAUUAGAGGCUGAGUUGAAAGCAAAAGCCAAAGUAGAUCGUGAGAAUCAGGAUCUCAAUCUCGAGCAGAUCAGAUUGAAAGCCUCUGAGAACAGAGUGACAGUCUUGGAAUCAAUCAAGACAGCGGGUUCAGUGCUGGGAGCUGGGGUGACGUCUCUCCUUCAGGAUUGGGACAAGAUAUUGGCAGCUGCUGGGGGUUUGUCCCUGGUGGCCCUUGGUGUCUACACUGCUAAAGGAUCGACUGGUGUUGCCAGUCGUUAUGUCGAGGCUCGCUUGGGCAAACCCUCCCUGGUGAGAGAAACCUCGAGAUUCUCAGCCCUCGAUGUCAUUCGUCAUCCCAUCAAGACUGUUCAAAAGCUCAAGGAGAAGCCCUCUGAUGCUCUCUCAGGUGUAGUUCUAGCUCCAAAGCUCGAGGAGAGACUGAGGGACGUCGCCAUUGCCACGAAGAACACAAAACACAACAGGGGAAUGUACAGGAAUAUCCUGAUGCAUGGGCCUCCUGGCACUGGCAAGACCAUGUUUGCCAAGAAGUUGGCACAGCACUCUGGUAUGGAUUAUGCGAUCCUUACUGGAGGAGAUCUGGCGCCCCUUGGAAGAGAUGGAGUCACGGCUAUUCACAAAGUCUUCGACUGGGCCUCGACCUCGAGGAAAGGAUUACUCCUGUUCAUCGAUGAGGCUGAUGCUUUCCUCAGGAAGAGGUCGAGCGAGCACAUAUCUGAGGACCUCAGGGCCAUGCUUAAUGCCUUCCUCUACAGGACUGGCGAGCAGAGCAAUAAAUUUAUGCUCGUGUUGGCAUCAAACACACCUGAGCAGUUUGACUGGGCUGUCAAUGAUCGUCUUGAUGAGAUGGUGGAGUUCCAGUUGCCUGGGAUCGAGGAGAGAGAACGACUUAUCAGACUUUAUUUCGAUAAGUUUGUGCUCCAGCCUGCUACCGAAGGUACCAGGAGACUCAAGGUUGCUCAGUUUGAUUAUGGAGCUCUCUGUAUUAAAAUGGCCGAAAUUACUGAGGGAAUGUCUGGCAGGGAACUAUCAAAACUUGGAGUUGCUUGGCAGGCUGCUGCUUAUGCCUCUGAAGAUGGGGUGCUUACUCAUCAGAUGGUCAUUGAUAAAUGUCUAGAGGCCGUCAAGCAGCACAAACAAAAGGUCCAAUGGCAAAGUGAACAAGAAAGGCAAGAGUCUAAAUCAAUAUACGCUGAAUUAGACAGCGCGAAUGAAGAAAAAGUUGAAAAACCAGAGCUUCUCUCUAUAGAAUCGACCCCCAAAUCCGAAAGAUUAGCUACCGCCUAACACUGGGAACGCAGAACUUCAGCAUUUACUAGCUUUGCAAAAAAUACCGCUCCUGGAAUGGUGAACCCCAUUAUGUCUACGUUAUUGUACAUAAUACAGUUACGAAUUGAGAAAAAAUAGUAAUUCACUGAUUUCCAAUCGUAAGUGGCUACGAAACCGAAGACGACUUGUUAAUUCCAUUCAAUUUUAUAUAUAGUUUUAUGUAUUAGGUAUGGAAAACAUUAAAAUGAAUUUUUCAGUCCAUUAUUGUUCAAUGAAUAUCUUGAUGGCAUUCUGUUGAGGAAUAUUGUUAUCUAAACGACAAUAGUUAAAUUUUCUUUUUUAUGUAACAAAAAUGUAUUGAAUGAAGAAUAUGUUUUACGUUCAA